GCUUUCACUUUGGCAUAAGAUCCUCUGCGGGAUCAAACGCCUGCUCUUUAGCUUUGGUGUAUUUUCUAACCGACCUUCCUGGAUCCACUGAGACACAUGGAACUCACCACAAUUAGUGUUUUGUUUUGCCGUUUGAUGAGUCCUCUGCGAGUAAAGCAGAGUGACCCAGCGAGGGUUAACAUGAGCUGCUCUGUGUUCCCUCCUCCUGACGCUGACGGAGCACUCACACACACUUUCUCCACUGAGGCCAGAACAGAGCCAGAGAGGAGGGACUGUACGCAGCUCUUAGAGCCAGCUGUCGUUCGCUCAGAGCUGGGUCUUUUCUCUCCCUGACUCCCCCGUUCUCCACUGGCCUCAUCACUCCAUGGGACUCCAGACUUGGCCUCCAAGCAUACCACCACUGUCCUCUAUGGCCUGCCUUGAUGUGGAGACCCCUUCCAUCUGCAGGGUCCUCCAGCUCUGUCUGCAGCAGAGAAGAACUCGGGAGCAGCUUGUUGACCAAGGCAUCAUGCCACCUCUGAAAACGCCUGCUGCCUUUCAUGAGCAGAUUCGCAACCUGGAGAGAGCCAGGACUGGGAACUUCUUGAAACACAAACUCUGCCGCAGACCUGAGCGCUCCGAGCUAGUCCGUAUGCACAUCCUGCAAGAGACGCAGGCAGAGCCGUUACUCCAGGCCACACAGAUGAAGCUGAAGAGGGCCAGGCUGGCUGAUGAUCUCAAUGAGAAGAUUGCCCAGCGGCCUGGAGCGAUGGAGCUGGUGGAGAAGAACAUCCUGCCUGUAGAAUCUAGCGUCAAAGAGGCCGUGAAUGGUGAUGAAGCAAACUACCCUAAGACCCCAGAUGUGUACAACUUUGAUGAGGACAGCAGUGGUGCGUUAACACCAGAACAGACUCACAUCCAAGAAUCUCCCAGCUCUAGCUCAUCCUCUUUGAGGGAGUCUGGAGGCACUGAGACCUCCUCUGUUUCCUCUGAACUAAACUCUUCCAUUCAGCACUCACCAGCACCACCACCACCACCCAUCUCGCAGUCCACAUCAGAUUUAGUGAACCUUGUUUCCAUCAGUGAGCAACAAAGCAACCAACAAGCAACUACACCUCAGCCAAUCACCACUAUCGUCACCAGUGUCACAACAGGGCCAGUUCUUGUAAAGCAAAGCCUCCCCAAGUCAGCCAGCGAUAAAAGCCGCAGCAAAAAGAGCAAAGAGCCAAAGCCACGAGUGAAAAAGCUGAAGUAUCAUCAGUACAUUCCCCCGGACCAGAAGCAGGAGCACAAUGACGUACCAAUGGACUCUGCCUAUGCCCGCCUCCUGCAGCAGCAGCAGCAGUUCCUGCAGCUCCAGAUCCUAAGUCAGCAACAGCAGCAGUUCAACUACCAGGCCGUCCUGCCUGCUACACUCAAACCAACAACUGAGGUACAAACCAGCUGCUCCAGUGCUACCCUGAGUGGAAACGCUGUGUCUGCCCCUGUGCAGCCCCGCCACACUCAGACGAACCACAAGCCGGAUCACUUACCAGCCAAUCUGGAUGAGAUGAAGGUUGCUGAGCUGAAAAUGGAACUAAAACUCAGAUCGCUGCCUGUUUCAGGGACUAAAACGGAUCUGAUAGAGAGGCUAAAGUUGUAUCAGGAGAGCUCUAACAUUCAGAUUACUGCUGCCAUGGAGACAACAGCUGUCACAGCAGCUUCACAAUCUGGAAACAUAAAGUUAACCCCACCCGUGUCCCCUAUAGCCUCCAAGGUGUCCAGUCUGGGCAUAGAGGACAGUAGUAUGGCAGACAGUCCCUCAAAGCUUUCAGACACUUUGUCUCCAACUCAUGCUGCCCCCUGUGUGAGCUCCCCACAAAGAGCUCCACUAGAGGAGUGCUCCAUGGAGACGAGGUCCUGGGAGAAGGACAAACGUCUCCAUGAGAAGGAACGUCAGAUCGAGGAGCUGAUGAGGAAACUGGAGCAGGAACAGAGGCUGGUGGAGGAGCUGAAGUUGCAGCUGGAGGUGGAAAAGAGAAAUCAGCAAGGAGAUUCUCCACCUCACCUCAGCCCUCUUGCUCCUGUCCAGAUAAAAGAGGAAAACAGGACCCCAUCAAACUGCUCAGCAUCUUGUAGCUCUCCUGUUCUGCCAGUGGUGGUGAAACAGGAGGAAGCUGCAGAUCAAAGUUGCUUGGCUCCUCCAAAUCAGUUCAUCAUCAGCCACCAGACCAUCAAGUUGCCUAAAACUCUGCAGCCUGUCCAGGCUGGAGCUCAGAUCCUUCUGCCUGCAUCCCUUCCUGCUUCAGCAGUCACUAUCCAACUGCCUGCCAACGGCAUCAAAUUACACACUACUGUUAGCAGCACGUCCCCAGGCCUCGUCCAGACCUCUGGACAGGUGCCACAGAAAACAGAAGCCUUAGCACCAUUACAGCAGCAAUGCAGCACUCAGACUCAGCCACUGACAAAGACGUGGAGGAUGGAUAUUACAGCACAAAGCUUACUCAACACAUUCCCAGCAACUGGACCACUGGCAGCAGCCUCCUCAAGCCAAACUGUUCAGAAAAGAUGUACAAAGAAGUCACCUCAUCCCAGCCAACCAGCUCUGAUCUUGCAGCGGCCAAAAUUCACAAACCACGUAUCAAAGUGCAGGGACCCGCCCCGCUAUGAGGAUGCAGUUAAACAGACCCGUAUGCUGACAGCUGUUCAGGGUCCCUCUGCAGCCAGCCAGCAGAUGGAUGACCUGUUUGAUGUGUUGAUCGAGAGCGGUGAGAUCUCCCCCUUCAUCAAACAGGGUGAUCCCAGUCUGGACAAGCCUCUCCCUGUGACGGCCAGUGUAACCACCCUUCCCAUUAACACCGUUUUAUCACGCCCUCCACCCUUGGUCCAAGUGGCUCAGCUGCCUGCUGCACCGCUUGACCCUUCGAGCAGCUUAGCAGCCUUGACCUCUGACACCCAGCUGGAAACACUCCUGGACGGGACACUGGGCGCUGACACAGACACACAAACACUGAAGCUGAUGGAGGAGCUACACUCACCUUUGGUCAGCAUGGAGGUGGACUUCAAUGAAAACACACAGCCCUCUGCCUUGAACCUGCACAACACCAACAUGGUUAACAUGGAUUGGCUGGACCUUACCCUGUCUGUGCCAGCAGACGGGGUCAACACUUUGGACAUGUCAGCGCCAGUGGGCGUCUUCUCCUCUGACUUCCUGGACUCACAUGAACUGCACUUGAACUGGGACUGACUGCUGUCAAGGUGAUCCUUACACCUUGUUUCCCGUGUGGAAAAAAAUAAAAAAUAAAAAAACUUUUAGGGGCUGGCACAGCUCUGUUCUGCUUUAUGGUCAGAGAACUCAGCUUGGUAAUAAUCUAAUCAUGCAGCGUGUCUUUAGAAGCUGUGGCAUUGCUUCCUUUGAGGUCUUUAAGCCCUCUGAUUGUAUGGAGAGACUGACAUAAAGUAGAGCUGGUACUGGCAGAUUGAGCUGACAGUGGAAGUAGCUUGAAAAGAUUUCAGUCUCAAGUUAUGCCACUGUUUUGUUAUCAAUCUGCUCUCAUGUUAUUGAUCCCUCUUUUUUCUGAUUUAAAUGAAUGUACUGUUUUGUAUUGAUCGCGGUCGAAGCAGAAAGAAAGAAAGAAAGAAAACGUCCUGUUCCUGGUUAAAGAGCUCACAGACAAACACUGCAUGUAGCUGGAGUCUGUUAUUUAGUUCACUCCACCCUGUCUUGGAACGGCUAUCAUUAAUUUGUUCGUGGUCAAACAAUCAAAACAGAACACAUUCACAUCCGCUUCAUGUUAAAUCAGAUGCUUAACUGAACUGCUGCAAAUAUGAAAAACACUUGACUGCCUGAUAAGAGUCACCUUAGUGUCAAGCAGCACUGAAGAAACCAGUCUGACCAACCCUGUAUUUAUUAAAAAAUACUCUGUCAACAUUGUUUCAUCUCUUAACCAGUUCUGACAGUGUGCAGAUGUUUCUUUAGUGCUGAGAAUGACUCCACACAUCUUUGUAAAAUAUACUGCACACAGUUUUUUUUUUAAAACCAAGAAGCUUUAAAGGGAAAAUCCUCAGUUACAUUGAUGGCCAACUAGUCAGUGCAUCAUUCAGUGCUUUAAAGUCUGGAAUAUUUACUCAUAAAAGGUUUAAAGAUUUAAUCUUAGAACAUUAAAAUGACUGAAAUAGGAUCAGUUUGAAUUUGUUUAGGUAGUUUAUUUAAGAAGAAUAAACCUGGCAAACCUUACCAGACCAUGAUCUCUAUGCACAGCAUUACAGUGUAACAACAGAUAUAGAAAAACAGUAACAAAAUCCAUCAGUAUGACUCACUGAUAACUUGUUAUCACUUCAUUUCAUACUGAGACAACCUUAACACACAUCAGUGAAUUUGUAUUGUAGUGACAUCUGCUGGUUACAUCUGAAUUUGACCAGCUUUACAUUUUUUAAGCAAAUGGUAUUAGAUGAAAUCCAGUGUAAAAAAGACACGACCCGGCAUCAAGAAACCAUCAUACAGAAUAUGACACAGGUCAAAGGUCAACGUACUGAUUGUUGUUUUGUUUAAUUUUUAGGGAUUCAUUGUCUGCUUCUGCAGAUUAUCUGGAGUGACGCUGACAUCCUCAUCUGAAUGUUGAAGGAACUGAUGAGAAAAGGUCUUACAUGUAAUUAUAUGAUUGUUUUUGUUUUGUUUUUCUCUUCCUGUCAGCGCAUAAGUGCCUCAUUUGAGAAUCCAAAUGUCGCCCUUUAAAAGGGAUUGUGUGCUGGAAUGAGAAAUACUUUAUCUUUACUAUACUAGUAUAACUCAACACCAAGAAACAUUGUAAUGCAUAAUUUAUAUGCCAUAUGUUUUACACAUUGUGUAUUUAUGUGACCUUUUAUACAAAUGUAGCAGGCAUUUUGUAAAUACAGAGAUUAUUUAGGAUUUCACAGUAGGCCUAUCAACAUCCCCAUUAUGCCACUCACCCCUUAAUGCUUGUGAUUAAAAAAUGA